AUGCCGACCGGCGUAUCCAACCUAGUGCAGGCCACCGCAUACGAGGAGCCAGCCGACGUCGGCAGAGUCGCGGUGGCGAACACCGAGCGCGCGGCGGCGCCCAUCCUCGACCGCCUCGACAAGCUGUACGUGGUGCUCGACAACACGCCGCUCGCGAAAAUCGCCAAGCCCCUCAUUGCCGAGCUCGGCACGAUCGCGACGACCGACCACGUCGCCGAUGUAGUCGAGCGCCGACAGAACAGGGCGUACUCGGUGCUGCAGGUCCUCCCGACCGACUUUGAGAGAGAAAUCGUCCAAGACUACCUGCACUACCUCAACGUCGCGCACCAGCGCCACGACGCGCGACUCGCCCCACUCAUCCGCGAGCACUACGUCGCCACGCUGAAUGCCUGCUUUGACACCUUGAUCGGCGCGCACAACACAUCGGUCUCACCGGAGGACCUCAAACUCAAGCUCUGGGAUAUCUGCGACCAGUUCAUCGAGCUCAUCAACUUCGAGAACACGUCCUUCUUCGGGGAGAUCAACGCCGUGCGCGACGACUUCGAAGCGUCACUCGAGGGCGGAGACUGGAUCCACCACCGUCCCAAGCGGCCUCCGUUCCGGUUACCGCUGGCCAGUGCCGACAUGAUGAGCUACAUGAAGGCCCACGCGGCCGGCAUGGCGACUGCGUCGGAUCCCGACGUGAACCCGUUUGUGACGAUCCCCGAUCCUGGUCCGAAUCUUGGCUCCAUGCACUUUGGUGGCAGGCGCAAGAACAAGAAGAAGAACAAGAGCAAGAGCAAGAUCGUUGCCCAAGACCUGGGCAAGGGCAUUGGCAAGAGCGAGGGAAAGAAGAAGGGAAAGAACAAAGGGAAGAACAAUGGCAAGAACAAGGACAGUGCCGGCGUGUUGUCGAUUUACACUUAA